AUAAUGGGAGAGGAGCGCAUUGCAAUGGCUGCCAUGUAGUACCCUCCCUGCACAAUUAGCCAAUCAGCAGCAAGCUCUGCCAGCCAGAAGGACACAUAAAAGAAGAACAUUGCAGCAGAUGCACAGAAGGAGCCUGCGAGGAGCUGGGAAAUACACACACAACAGCAGAACCACAACACCCUCCCCUGGACACACCCUACUGGGGAUCACUGCUUCUCUUUUUUUCUGAACCAUCGCCCACGCCACACGGAGAGAAAUCUCUCUCUCAUCAUCGUCCUGAAGAAAACCCCCUUCUCCUCAUUUUCACACUGCUGAGGAAACCUACAAUCGCACGGGCUGAGCUUUCCUGCCGAAGACUGUCGUUUUUCCUUUUUCUUUUUUUUUUCUUUUCGUUUGGAACCUGACAUUCGCCUUUGUCGAGCCACACCACGGCGUAAUAUCUGCAAGACAGCCUGAAGACCUGCGACUUGAAGGACCUAGAUCACUAUCAUCUUUGUACAUCAAGAAUGGUUACUAUAAUUAGCACCAUGGAAACUCAGGUGUCCAAUGGUCCGAGCGGAACCAGCCUGCCUAACGGCCCCGUCAUUAGCACUAACGGUGCCGCGGACGACAGCAAAACCAACCUGAUCGUCAACUAUCUGCCUCAGAACAUGACCCAGGAAGAGUUCAAGAGCCUUUUCGGCAGUAUCGGAGAAAUCGAGUCCUGCAAAUUAGUCCGAGACAAGAUCACAGGCCAGAGUUUGGGCUACGGCUUCGUAAACUACGUGGACCCCAAUGAUGCCGACAAGGCCAUCAACACGCUCAAUGGUCUCAAACUGCAGACCAAAACCAUCAAGGUAAGGUUCUCUUCAAUCACUCGAUGGGGAGGAAUAAAGCAGGGCCCAAGACAGACGUGA